AAAAUCUCUCCCCUUGUCUUUCCUAUCAGGAGUCAUGCCCCCCAUGAGCCCUCAAGUUGUGCCCACCACAGAAUGACAGAAACUCUACAACUCAAUUUCACCUUCCCACACCCAACCGUCUUCAUACUGACUGGCUUUCCAGGGCUAGGAAGUGCCCAGACUUGGCUGACACUGGUCUUUGGGCCCAUUUAUCUGCUGGCUCUGCUGGGCAAUGGAGCACUGUUGGCAGUGGUGUGGAUAGACUCCACACUACACCAGCCCAUGUUUCUACUCUUGGCCAUGCCAGCAGCCACAGACCUGGGCUUAGCCACAUCUAUAGCCCCAGGGUUACUGGCUGUGCUGUGGCUUGGGCCCCGAUCUGUGCCAUAUGCUGUGUGCCUGGUCCAGAUGUUCUUUGUACAUGCACUGACUGCCAUGGAAUCAGGUGUGCUUUUGGCCAUGGCCGGUGAUUGUGCUGUGGCAAUAGGGUGUCCACUGCACUACCCUGUCCUGGUCACCAAAGCCCAUGUGGGUUAUGCAGCCUUGGCACUGGCACUGAAAGCUGUGGCUAUUGUUGUACCUUUCCCACUGCUGGUGGCAAAGUUUGAGCACUUCCAAGCCAAGACCAUAGGCCAUACCUAUUGUGCACACAUGGCGGUGGUAGAACUGGUGGUGGGUAACACACGGGUCAGCAAUUUAUAUGGUCUGGCACUUUCACUGGCCAUCUCAGGUAUGGAUAUUCUGGGUAUCACUGGCUCCUAUGGACUCACUGCCCAUGCUGUGCUGCAGCUGCCUACCCGGGAGGCCUGUGCCAAGGCCUUUGGUACAUGUAGUUCUCACAUCUGUGUCAUUCUGGCCUUCUACAUACCUGGUCUCUUCUCCUACCUCACACACCGCUUUGGUCAUCACACCGUCCCAAAGCCUGUGCACAUCCUUCUCUCCAACAUCUACUUGCUGCUGCCACCUGCCCUCAACCUCCUCAUCUAUGGGGCCCGCACCAAGCAGAUCAGGAACCAACUCCUGGACACCUUCACAUUCAGAAAAAGCCCGUUGUAAUGUCCAGUGGUAACAAUGGAGCCUAAGAGUGGAGGUGAGGGGACACUCGGAGGGGAGUCUGGGGGU